CAUUCUCCAAGUCAUUGAUUGCUGUAUGAAGAGAAGAAGAAGAGGACAGCGGAAGUCUCUCUGAAAGGGAAGAACAUGGCGGCUCUCCGGAUGGUUGUGUUGUCCGGGUGCGGUAAGACCUUCCUUACCGCACCAAAAACGUUGCCCAUGCCUCGGGUCAACAUGUCCUUUGCCAGUUUGCCAAAGGGGAAAAAGAUGGCCCUUACUACACUGGGAGUGUUAGCUACAGGAGGAACAGGACUAGCUCUGCUGCUCCAUCAGUCAGUCAGGGCAUCUGAAUUGGAGCUGCAUCCUCCCAGUUACCCCUGGAGCCAUAAUGGUUUACUGUCUGCUCUUGAUCACAACAGUAUUCGUCGUGGGUAUCAAGUCUACAAGCAGGUGUGUUCAGCUUGCCACAGUAUGGAGUAUCUGGCUUUCCGUAACUUGGUGGGAGUUUCUCACACAGAGGAAGAGGCUAAAGCAUUAGCUGAGGAGAUUGAAGUUCUUGAUGGACCUGAUGAGACAGGAGAAAUGUUUACCCGGCCUGGUAAACUUUCUGAUUAUUUUCCCAAACCAUACAACAGCCCAGAAGCUGCUCGUGCUGCCAACAACGGCGCUCUGCCCCCUGACCUCAGUUACAUUGUUAAUGCAAGGCAUGGAGGAGAAGACUACAUUUUUUCUCUCCUUACGGGCUACUGUGAGCCUCCAGCAGGUGUGUCUUUAAGAGAGGAUCUAUACUACAACCCUUACUUCCCUGGCCAGGCGAUUGGAAUGGCACCACCAAUUUAUAAUGAGGUGCUUGAAUAUGAAGAUGGUACCCCAGCAACAAUGAGUCAGGUGGCUAAAGAUGUGUGUACUUUCCUGAGAUGGGCUGCUGAGCCAGAGCAUGACCAGCGCAAGCGCAUGGGACUAAAGCUGCUAAUGGGUUCAGCUAUCCUCAUCCCUCUUGUCUACUACUUGAAGAGACACAAAUGGUCUGUGCUAAAGAGCAGGAAGAUUGCCUAUAGGCCUCCAAAAUAAAGUUGUCAGCAGGCUUGAGCUCCCGUUAUCACAGUUGAUAUACACUUGUCAGACUUUUCAGCGUGCACAGAUUGUCCUAAUCUAUUGCCAGUUUGUCAACUUGUGUUCCAAAUUACCUGCUGACCUAAAAAAAAAAAAUGGGCACCAACUACA